AUGACUUUAGUCAAGGGAGAAGUAAUCCCUACUGACAAGAUGGAAGAUCCCCCAGACAAGACCUCAACUUCUGUCAUACCUGGUCGAACGACACAACUACCCGUUUUACUUCAUCAACCAAAAGAAGAGAAACUUUCGAAUGUUAGAUUAUGGUGGAUAGGUUCAGCAGCUUCUGUCAUGUGGUUUCAAGGUAUCUCUGGAUCCGGGUCCUCUAGCUAUGUUCUAGACCCCACAACUCUUUCUGGUGUUGAUCAUGCGCGAAUCAAACCACAAGUAUGUCUUAUAUGCGGCUCUGGAUUCCUUUUACCCGUCAUACAAAAAGAGAUGAAUUCUUCAGAAGGUGAUGUUCAAUGGGUAACAGCUGCUUUCAAUAUCACUUGGGGCUGCUUCGCACUAGUGUCAGGACGUUUAGCAGAUAUUUACGGCCUACAUAAAGCUUUCGUAGCUGGAAUGGCUUGGUAUACCAUUUGGGUCUUCAUUUCUUCUUUUAUGCCCAACAUCAUCGGUCUCAGUUUCACCCGUGCAUUAGCUGGAAUAGGAUACGCUGUCGCAAGCCCAGCUGCAUUCGGUGUGAUCGGGAAUUGUUUCCCUACUGGUCGACCGAAAAAUAUUGCGUAUUCAGUGGUAACAGGUGCCGGAGCAGUAGGAGGAGGUAUUGGAUGGCUCCUCGGAGGUUUAUUCAUCUCAGCAUCACCUUAUACUUGGCGUUCCCUUUCUUUCCUUAUUUCAGGUAUAUCUGUAUAUCCUCUCGUAGUUGGGUUUUGGGUGUUCCCGAAAUCCAAACCACAUCCAACAGACACAAAGGUGGAUUGGAUUGGAGCUGGGUUGAUUACUGUAGCUCAGGUAUUGCUAGGGUUGGGAUUGACAUUUCCUGUUUCCAAUGAAAGAGGUUGGAGAGCUCCUUAUAUCCCGAUAUUUUGGAUACUCGCCGGGAUUUCUUUCAUGGGAUUCAUAUGGAGACAAAGGUUUUUGAAUCGUUUAGAAGGUUUACAUACUUAUCCACCACCCCUAACACCUUUGAGGUUGUUCAAGAAUACAAGACAAUUAAUCGUCAUUUAUGCCGGGGCCAUGUUUGUUUGGGGGGCGACUGACGCAUUGGCAGUUAUGGGAGCUUAUUUUUACGAAGAUAUCUUACUUUUGUCAGGGUGGGAAAGUGGAUUACGUGUUGCGCCCAAUACCAUUAGUGGACUUAUAGGAGCUGGCCUUGUUGGUCUUUUGUUACACAAGAUACCCGCUAGAAUACUACUAGUUGUGGUUGAUCUGUUAGGAGGUUCAUCUGGUAUAUUGUUCGCUGCACGACCUAUGAUAUAUCCAUAUUGGAAAUCGGAUCUAUGGGCUUGGCUCACUACAGGUGUGGCCAGUGAUGGUACCGGUGCUAUUAGUGCCAUUUUGAUAUCUGAUUGUACCGCUCCAGGUGAUCAGGCAGUCGCGAAUGCCUUGUUCAUAAGUUUCGAGCGAUUCGGAGCGACCCUCGGUCUAGCUCUGUCAACAAUAGUCCGGGAAUCUGUUCAAACGGCCAAGGAAAAAUCUCUUCGUAUUCAUUUAGGAAUGGGAGUUGGACAAAAAUUAGGAUGGUUGGAAGAACAGCAAGCUAUGUGGGAAGGGGUUAAAGCUGCUUUAUUCUUUUGUGGUGCCGGGGUGUAUUGUGCGGCAGUGAUAGUAGGUUUAGGUAUGAAAGGUUGGGAUAUUCUGGGUAAGACCGAUCGGUUAAACGAACAGAACGAUGGGAAGGAAAAUGUUGUAUCUCAAGAGAAAUCGAUCUCAUCUUCUGCUGUUUCUUCUCUUCCUUCGAGUGAUAUGUGUUGA